CAUUGUAUAGUUAGUUUUAAAGUGUCUAAUACGGUACGCUAUUGCUUCUGAGUGAGUGUUCAUGACUGAGCCUUAGUUAAGCGUAAAUGUUUUUGUAAAAGCUCUCGUAAACAGUUGAUGUUCAGGAGAACCCACCCUAUUCGCUAGCUGUCUUAGCAUUUGUGCUUUUAACGCCUAUGAUAGCGAAUGUUUGAUGGGAAUCUGUCGUCAUCACUAACAGUUGAGGACACCUCACGGAACAAUGCCGAAGAAGAAGACUGGUGCCCGUAAGAAGGCGGAGAACCGUAAGGAGAGAGAAAAACAGAGCCGUGCCAACAGGGAGCACGUGGAUGUGGCAAAACAUCCUUGCAAUUCAGCCAUGGAAUGUGACAAAUGCCAAAGGCGACAGAAGAACAGAGCAUUCUGCUACUUCUGUUCCUCCGUGCAAAAGCUUCCCAUGUGUGCCCAGUGUGGAAAAACAAAAUGCAUGAAGUCAUCGGACUGCGUCAUUAAACAUGCUGGAAUUCACAGCACCGGGAUGGGUAUGGUGGGUGCAGUAUGUGACUUCUGCGAGGCCUGGGUGUGCCAUGGCAGGAAGUGCCUGAGUACACACGCCUGCACCUGCCCCCUGACGGACGCCGACUGCAUCGAGUGCGAUCGCAGCGUCUGGGAGCAUGGCGGACGGAUAUUUCGAUGUUCUUUCUGUCACAAUUUUCUCUGUGAGGAUGAUCAGUUUGAGCACCAGGCUAGCUGUCAGGUCCUGGAGGCCGAAACCUUCAAAUGUGUGUCUUGUAAUCGUCUUGGCCAACACUCCUGUCUGCGCUGUAAGGCGUGCUUCUGUGACGACCAUGCCCGAAGCAAAGUGUUCAAACAGGAGAAAGGCAAAGCCCCACCCUGCCCCAAGUGUGGUCACGAGACUCAAGAAACAAAAGACCUCAGCAUGUCAACUCGCACGGUGAAGUUUGGCCGCCAGACCGGAGCAGACGAUGAAUCGUACGGCUACGGAGCGUCGGGAUAUGAGAGUUACUGGAAAAGCACAGCUUUCGGUGGAGCGGAUCAGGACAAUGAUGAGGAUGAAGGAAAGGAGGAAGACUAUGAAGAGGAAGAUGACGACGAGGAUGAGGAAGAUGAGGAAGAUGAAGAUGAGGAGACAUCAGAGAUGAUGACUUGUCUUAGUUUGAAUGAUGAGAACAGUAGCAGUGUGGGGGAAGGGACUGAGUAACUGACUGCUUUUCAUACAUGAAUAAAACUCCACUGAAUCACACAGUGGAAUAACCUGCCAAUCUAACUGGGCUUUUCACUGAAUUAUCACAGAUUAUCUUACUUGGACUUGUCUUGCAAUAAUUUUGUUACUGCAUUGACUGAGAAAAAUAAAUGAAUGUAGAACA